AGCGACGUACUUCACGCGGUACGCGCCGUGCUGAGAAGCGCGAUAUACAGAGUUAAUUCGGCCUAUCUAUUAUUACGCGAUGAUUAUUAUGCAUACAACAAUGUAAUCGCGGUGACAGGAAACCAGAAGCGCAUCCGGUGGAAUAGAUUACCUUCCCCAGGGGUGGGGUCGAAUAAUCGCUGUCAUUUAUUGCAAGCAAGUAAUUGACCAGUAAUGUCAAUCGCGUGAGAGGCAAUUAAAUAACGUGGUCAUGGCUCGACCCAUCGUGCCGAGCCAGCAAAAGCUGGCCGAGAAGCUGACUAUUUUGAACGAUAGAGGGAUUGGUAUGUUGACACGCAUUUAUAAUAUUAAAAAAGCGUGUGGUGAUGCCAAAUCGAAGCCUGCCUUCCUCUCCGACAAGGCAUUGGAGUCUUCCAUCAAAGCGAUCGUCAGAAAGUUUCCUAACAUCGAUGUAAAAGGACUGCAGACUAUUACGAACAUUCGUAAUGAGAUUAUCAAAUCCCUGUCAUUGUAUUAUUAUACAUUCGUGGAUCUAUUAGAUUUUAAAGAUAAUGUGUGUGAGCUUUUGACUACUAUGGAUGCAUGCGGUGUUCAUAUGGAUAUUACGAUUAAUUUUGAUUUGACCAAAGGAUAUUUAGAUCUUGUAGUCACUUAUAUCAGUUUGAUGAUUCUUCUAUCGAGAGUUGAAGAUCGUAAAGCGGUGCUAGGAUUGUUCAAUGCGGCUCACGAGAUGGUGCAUAGUCAAUCAGAUCCCAGUUUUCCUCGCUUAGGACAGAUGAUUAUGGAUUACGACGCUCCACUGAAGAAACUUUCAGAAGAAUUUGUACCGCACUCUAAAUUAUUGAAGAAUGCCCUGACUUCAUUGUGGCCAGUAUAUCCUGGUAGAAACUUGUCUGCUGACACAUGGAGAGCUGAUCAAAAAUUGAGUCUUGUUGGUAGUCCAGGCCAGAUUUUGAAAGCAGCGGCAACAGACACUAUGUCGUGCGAAACAUUGAGCUUGGAUAGAAUAGAAAGAUGGGUGAUUCUUGGAUUUACACUUUGUCAUACAUUCUUGAAUCAGGAACAACCAAGCAAACUGUGGAUCACUGCUUUAGAAUCUGGUUGGGUGCUGGCAUUAUUUAGAGACGAGGUAAUUUAUAUACAUCAGUACAUCCAAACAUUCUUCGAAGGUAUGAAAGGAUAUAGUAAAAGAGUUUCAGAAGUAAAAGAAUGUUAUAAUCAAGCGGUACAAAAAGCUGGUUACAGGCAUAGGGAAAGAAGAAAAUUCUUAAGGACUGCUCUAAAGGAACUAGGUUUGAUUCUAACCGACCAGCCUGGUCUUCUGGGCCCAAAGGCAUUACUGGUUUUAAUGGGGCUUUCUCAUGCAAGAGACGAGGUACUGUGGCUACUGAGACACGGAGAUAAUCCCCCUAUUCAAGGCAAAGGGAAAGGACGAGGUAGCGAGGAUUUGGUGGACCGUCAGUUGCCAGAAUUGCUUUUCCAUUGCGAAGAACUACGAGCAUUAGUAAAGAAAUAUUCUCAGGUGCUUCAAAGGUAUUAUGUCCAAUUUCUUUCGGGAUUCGAUGCUCCUGCUUUGCAUCAGAUGAUACAAAAUCUUCCAGUUUGUCCUGAAGACGAAGGAGCUAUUCUUAGUGAUAUGUGUUCAACUAUAGCUAGUUUGACUGUAAAACAAGUCGAAGACAAUGAAUUAUUUGAUUUCCGUGCCUUCCGGCUGGAUUGGGUUAGGCUGCAGGCCUAUAUGUCUAUCGCAAAGUGCAAUAUGAAUCUGGCUGAUAAUAGAGAGUUAGCUUCCUUUAUGGAUACAGUAAUCUUCCAUACGAAAAUGGUCGACAAUUUAGAUGAGAUGUUAGUCGAGACGUCCGAUUUAUCCAUCUUUUGUUUUUACAGCAAGAUAUUUGAAGAUCAAUUCCACAUGUGUCUCGAGUUUCCUGCUCAGAAUCGAUACAUUGUCGCCUUCCCACUCAUAUGCAGCCACUUCCAGAGUUGCACUCACGAGCUCUGUCCAGAGGAGCGUCAUCACAUUCGGGAGAGAAGCCUCUCCGUCGUUAAUAUGUUCCUGGAUGAGAUGGCCAAAGAAGCUAAAAAUAUUAUCACAACUAUUUGCGAUGAGCAGUGUAAUAUGAGCGAUAAAUUACUACCGAAACACUGUGCUCUGUUAAUCUCACAAGUUGUUAAUCGUAAGAAGAAAGACAAGAAUAAGAAAAACAUGUACGAGAUUCAUAAACCCGGUAUAGAGAGCUAUCGGAAGACACGGGAGGAAUUAACAACGAUGGAUAAGCUGCAUAUGGCUCUUACUGAAUUAUGUUAUGCCAUCAAUUAUUGCCCUACUAUCAACGUCUGGGAGUAUACUUUUGCACCGAGGGAAUAUUUGCAUCAACAUCUGGAGUCGCGAUUUGCUAGAGCAUUGGUAGGAAUGGUCAUGUAUAAUCCAGACACCAGCGAGAUAGCCAAACCAUCCGAACUUUUUGUCAGUGUUAGAUCUUACAUGAAUGUUCUUCAGACUAUCGAAAAUUAUGUUCACAUAGAUAUUACGCGUGUCUUCAAUAACGCCUUACUCCAGCAAACUCAAGAGCUGGAUAGUCAUGGUGACAAAACCAUAGCUGCGCUCUAUACGCAAUGGUAUUCGGACGUUUUAUUGAGGCGAGUUAGUGCCGGCAAUAUUUGUUAUUCCACGAAUCAACGAGCGUUUGUCAGCUUGUCAGUAGAAGGUGCCAUUCCAUUUAAUGCUGAGGAGUUCUCCGAUAUUAAUGAGCUCAGAGCGUUGGCCGAAUUGAUUGGACCGUAUGGUAUGAAGAUGUUGAACGAGAACUUGAUGUGGCACAUCGCCAGUCAGGUACAACAGUUGAAGAAAUUGGUGGCGGGCAAUAAAGACGUAUUGAUUUCUCUGAGAACGAAUUUUGACAAGCCAGAAGUGAUGAAAGAGCAAUUUAAAAAGCUGCAACACGUAGACAAUGUUCUUCAGCGAGUUACUAUAAUAGGUGUGAUUCUGAGUUUCCGGCAAUUAUCGCAGUCGGCACUGGUUGACGUGCUGGAGGAACGCAUACCGUUUUUGCUGAGCUCCAUAUUGGAUUUUAGACAUCAUUUGCCGUCCGGCGAUCCCAUGCGCGUUGUUUCUGAGAUGACAUCAGCUGCAGGCUUGACCUGCAAGGUUGAUCCUACCUUGACGACCGCGCUGAGAAAUCAAAAAGCAGAAGUCGACGAGGACGAACAUUUGCUCGUUUGUCUACUAAUGGUCUUCGUAGCGGUUUCCAUCCCGAAAUUGGCACGAAAUGAUAAUUCCUUCUAUAGAGCAUCGUUCGAGGGCCAUUCCAACAAUAUACACUGUAUGGCGACCGCGAUAAAUAAUAUAUUCGGAGCAUUAUUUACAAUUUGUGGGCAGAAUGACAUAGAGGAUAGAAUGAAGGAGUUCCUUGCUUUAGCCUCAUCCAGUUUGUUGAGAUUAGGCCAAGAAGCAGACAAAGAAGCAACUCGAAACAGAGAGUCCGUCUAUCUUUUAUUGGAUCAAAUAGUUCAAGAAUCUCCAUUUUUAACGAUGGACUUAUUGGAGAGCUGCUUUCCAUAUGCACUGAUACGCAACGCAUAUCAUGACGUAUACAAGCUCGAGCAUUCGCAACUAUGAAUUCAACGAAGCUGCGAGAGAGAAAGGGUGCUGCAUUUCCAACUUGCCACUCAGGGCCACUUUUUUACGUCCAUACUUGUACCAUCGGAGGCAAUCAUAAAGAAUUUGCUAUUUAUAUCAUUUAGCUAAACGAUAAUUUCCUGAAUGAUGCUAGUUUUAUGGCUAGCGUUGAUGAAAAAA